CGCGCGGGGGGCGGGCCCGGCCAAUGGCGGGCGCGUGUGGCGCCCGUCACCGUGGCGACGGGGCCGGUCCCGGGGAGGCGGUGAUGGGUUGACAGGUGCGUGACAGUCGGGAGCUUCUCCGCAGGCAUGUACGGCAAAGGCAAGAGCAACAGCAGCGUCCCGUCCGACAGCCAGGCCCGCGAGAAAUUAGCACUGUACGUAUAUGAAUAUCUGCUCCAUGUAGGAGCACAGAAAUCAGCUCAGACAUUUUUAUCAGAGAUAAGAUGGGAAAAAAACAUCACACUGGGGGAGCCCCCAGGAUUCUUGCAUUCCUGGUGGUGCGUGUUCUGGGAUCUCUACUGUGCAGCUCCAGAAAGACGAGAAACAUGUGAGCACUCAAGUGAAGCAAAAGCCUUUCAUGACUACAGUGCUGCAGCAGCUCCCAGCCCAGUGCUAGGAAACAUUCCCCCAGGAGAUGGCAUGCCAGUAGGUCCAGUACCACCGGGGUUUUUUCAGCCUUUCAUGUCCCCCCGGUACCCUGGAGGCCCAAGGCCACCUCUCAGAAUACCCAACCAGGCCCUCGGAGGUGUCCCGGGGAGUCAGCCCCUCCUGCCCAGCGGGAUGGACCCCACACGGCAGCAGGGUCAUCCAAACAUGGGUGGGCCGAUGCAGAGGAUGACUCCUCCAAGGGGAAUGGUGCCAUUAGGACCACAGAACUAUGGAGGUGCCAUGAGACCCCCUCUGAACGCUUUAGGUGGCCCGGGGAUGCCUGGGAUGAACAUGGGUCCUGGGGGUGGUAGACCUUGGCCAAACCCAACCAAUGCCAAUUCUAUACCUUAUUCCUCAGCCUCUCCUGGGAACUACGUGGGUCCUCCAGGAGGUGGAGGGCCACCAGGAACACCCAUCAUGCCUAGUCCUGCAGAUUCAACCAACUCUGGAGACAACAUGUACACUUUAAUGAACGCUGUGCCACCUGGGCCCAACAGACCUAAUUUUCCACUGGGGCCAGGCUCAGAUGGACCCAUGAGCGGACUGGGUGGAAUGGACUCGCACCAUAUGAACGGAUCAUUAGGCUCAGGAGACAUGGACAGUAUUUCCAAAAACUCUCCCAGUAAUAUGAGCAUGAGCAACCAGCCUGGCACUCCCAGGGAUGACAGUGAGAUGGGUGGAAACUUCCUAAACCCUUUUCAGAGCGAGAGUUACUCCCCUAGCAUGACAAUGAGCGUGUGACCCGUUCACAAGUGUCGCCAUGAAGACCACAGUGAGUUGGCCCUCUCCAGAGAGCUACUGCAGAAGAAAAUUAUUCGUCCCAGUGUACAGUUUAACUAAAGGAUCUCAGACACAAUCAGACCCACCUGUUUUUUUUUUUCUCCUACCAUCUCCCCUGUUUUGUCAAGAAAGUGGGUCCCAAACAUGCUUGAGACAACUGUAAGGAGUGGCAUGAGAGAAGUGCCCGAGGUGGAGCUGCCAGCGCCUGUCUGUGUGUGUACAUGUGUGGGUCAGCGUGGGGAGUGUGUGUGUGACGCCCAAACACACACACACACACAGACCCCAGGACACUGUCAAAUAGGAUCACAUGACAUCUUACGUAGAAAUCAGAAGUAGGGACUUUUAUUCCAUUUCUUUUUUUUUUUGUUUCACGUUUACAUUUUAAUUAUUAAAAUUUGCUUUCCCUCUCCCAUCCUGAACUGUUUUAUGUUGCAUAUAUCACUGCUUUAUAAGUUAUUUUUUAAGUUGAACUCAAAGGAUAAAUUCUUUUGAUUUUGUUAGUGUCUGCCAUUAUGGAUAGGAAUAAAAUUGCUUAUACGAGCUUUCAUUACCUUGUGUUUGAUACCAGCUACCCUGUGAAUCACAAAUUGUACUGUCUCAAGAAAUAGAAGAAAGCUCAUCUUAAUUUUUUGGAGAAAUUUAAUAACUUUCACCUAGUUUGGGGAUUUUUUUUGAUACUUUGCCUUUAAGAGUAAAAAAAAGCACUGAAGGUUAUUUUUCUUCUUUAAUUGAAGCCUAAUAUCUGCAAUAUCUAUUUUAAAUGGAAGCCUGAAUUUGAUACAAGCUUCUCAGUUUAUAUAGAGUACUAUAAGGUUACUGUAAGUGAGCUCCAAUUGCUAUAGAAUCUAGCAAUAAAGUGUCAGGGCUUCUCCUGCCCUUGGAAUUGAGUUUUCUAUUUAGCAUGGUCUUCUGUAGGGAUGGUAGUUAGUGGAAAUACAGUAGAGUCCUUAUCACCAAAACAUUUUCCAACAACCUACAAUUAUGUUUCCCAUUUUAAGUGAUUCUCAAACAUAUAUGAGCAAUCUGUGUUCCUGAGUAUAAACAGUAUUUCCCAAGCCCAUUUAGAAAAUCAGGUCACCCUGCUGCUUGGGUGUGUGUUUUCUGCCAUAUCUGCCAGAAUUAAAUUAAUUCCCACAAAACUUUCCAGUCAGCAGCCUUUUUUUUUUCUUUGAGCCAAAAUGCCACAGUAAACUUUUUAUGACUACUAGCCUUGUUGUGAGGGUGUUACCUUUUGCCAUGAACAGAAAGGAACAAAGGUCUGGGCCCUUUUAGAAGGAGGACAUGCAGUUAGGCAUGAAAGCUGGGGCCAGAAUGCAGAAAAAGGCCUAAAGGAAGCGCUUCUGGAAGCAUUCCCAUUUCUCUUCAGGCAGAGCUCUGAAAUCAAGAUUAUGGUACUUUUGCUUAGUUCCUGAUGAUUUUUCAGCUCCCCAAGGAAAACAAAGGUUUUCAGUUUGUAGUGAUACAAAGGCUGACGAUCAGCAGGCAUAAAUGGCUCAGCAGAAAUUCAUGCCACAGACAAACAGCAAAUUCCUCUCCUUGGACUUUAAUCCAGAGGAGCCACCUGCAGAGGAGGAGCAGUUCUGGGAUGUGGUCUAUCCGUGUGCAAGGGGAUUCUCUUUUAUGAACUUGUGGUAAAGGAAUAUCACCCAUAUGUGAUGGGUUUGUGAUGGUAGCUGGAUGUGCAAGGAAUUCUACAAUCUCCUAACUAAUUUUUAUUUCCAUAUAUUAUACGUGUAUGUGAUAUAUGAAAAUAAAAAGAUUUAACACGUUACUCUCCUGUCAGGGUUACUCAAAGAUGAAAGUAUCAGAGGAUCAAAAUUACAUUGAAGUAUCAAAGAUUUGGUUAGCAUUACUUUUUUAGUAAGAACUACUUGAUUAGAUGUAAACAUGACCUAGAUAGUCAUGAUACCCUUUUGUAGACUGCAUUCUUGUUGAUUGUGAAGGUCACAUUCAUUUGCUUCUCUUUGGAAAACACUUUGUUGGUGUUUCCAAAGAUGCCGGAAGACCCUGCUAUUGGCUUGAGUCACAAACACAAAAUCAGGUGUAAUUUCUUCAGACCCUUUGCUGUUGUCACUAACACCACUGGUGUGUCCCCAUUACAGCCAGAGUCCAGGUGUCCUUGCAGCCUGGGUUGGCCACCUGUAAUAUCUGUGGUCUCCUUCCAGGGGCCCAAGGGCUCCUUCUGGCCCAGUUUCAGUCAGAUGGUGUCACUGCCACUGGACUAAGGUAGAUGGGAACAGUGCAUCGAGUGCCAAAGGUCAUUCCCAGGUCAGUGAGCUGUUGGGCACCUUGCAAGGAUGGAAGUCUGACCUUUAAACCUGUGCAUGGAACUGCUGACACAGAUUGGAUAUCAAUAUUAAAACACGUUAUCCUCACUUUGAUACAGGAGCACAAUGUCCUUUCAGCACAUGAUGGGUUCACUGUGUCCUGCAUUUCUCACACCCACGCAGCCCCACAGGCAGCAGCUGGUGCCACUAAUGCUUUGUCCGAGGCUUUACCAGGCUCCUGGAGAGGCCAGGUUCUGCAGCUGAACCAUUAGAAAACAAUCCUAUGUGCACAGGGCUUUUUGCUUGUUCAUUUUCUCUUUCCUUUGCUUACAAAUCCUUGUAGGAUUUUCAUGGUAUCUGGAGUAUCAAUAUGGGAAGAAAGACUAUUCCCAAGCACUCAGUGUUUGCUCCCUCUUACAUUUUUUAUGCUCCAGAUACCAGGAGCAAUGUAACUGCUGUUUGGUUCUGUCCUUAUGCAACAGCACUGUUGAUAAUGUUAGAACUUGUCCAGCUCUGGUAGGAAUUUUAUUUUAAGUGGGGCAGGGUAGGUCUUCUCACACUGGGUUUUUAGAUAGAUCUUGCUCUUUAGUAUAGAAGUAAAUGGAAGGUGAUUCUGUAAAUGGGUAUUUCAGGCAAAGCUGAAGUAAGCCUUCUUAAAAACAGAAGUGAUUAAAUCUUAGAGUAGCAGAAAUGGAGAGUAAGGAAUCUGUUAUGCUGUGAGAACUCUUGCAAAUAUUCCAGCUUUGUAGAAAUCAGCUGAAACUGGAUUUACCAGUGAACUUCACAGUGAAACCAGGGUCUUGCCUGUUGCUCAAACCUAUGGAAAGGAGUGAUCAGAUCCAGAUGUCCACGUCACCCAGAAUUUAAUUACCUUAUCUAAAAGCAGGAUUUGAGGCAAGGAAGAAGUUUACCUGUCUGAAUCACAAGUAAAGCAUGUGGCCUGGUGUGCAUUAACAAAAUACCUGGAUAUUUGCAUGUAGGGAUUACAUUCUUUUCUUAACUACCUGAGAAUGAGGAAAAACUACAGUUUGGAACUUGCACUUCCAACCCCCAGAAAUUCCAUUGUUUCUUUGGAAGCCCUCUGGUUGCAGAGCCCUGGCCACCCAACUUGUCACAUAUUCAGAGACAAUAAUAACUGUCAGACUUUCAGCCUGUUCCCCAUAGUGUAGGAUUAAAUGUUCCAUGUCCCAGGACAUCCAGCUGUUCCUUUCCCUUCCAACAGAAAUACCCAAUGAGAAAUAUAUAGGCUAAUCAUUUAUUUUAAUAAUUCCACUUGGGAAGAAGUAGAAUAGAACCUUGCUUCUUUAAGUAUGCAUCAAAGGACAGCUUCUUGAACUGCCUAAAACCAAUUGAUUUUUCCUUUGUUCUGUGGCAAUACUACAUGUGCAAAUGAUUUGGAAUUAGGUUUAAUGAGGGACCAGCUGUUACAAUAUUUAGUGUCGAUCACUUUAUUCAAAAAUUACUUUUCAGCUGAUACAUGUUACACAGGGUCCUAUUUCUGUAUCAGUUAUUUAUUGUUUUCCCCUGUUCCUAGUCAGCUCUGAUCCACUGUUGUUGCCAUGGCUAAGUAUGGACUGGAUUCUUCCGUACUUCACCCUACAUGUUUGCAUUUCAAGAACGUAAAAUAUACCUUAAUGAUGUAAAAUGUACAGGUAAAUUUAUUUUUCUUUAAUUCACCAUAAGUGGUGAUAGAGCUGUGGGUGCUGUCACAGACACACUCGGGUUUGUUCAGGCCUUAAAUAUGGGAAUCCUGACAAAGCACAUCUUUCAAAUAAACUCCUGUAAACUAUUCCAACAUUCUUAUCUCACAGUGAGGAUCCAAUUCAUGAUUUAGUGAUUCAAAAUAACUCUGGAAAUUCAGAAAUAAAUUAGUUAGGUUUAAAUUUUGCUGUAUGCAGCUCUUUCUACUUUUCAGAUAUUGGCACAGUUCUGUAAACUGCUGCUUGUGCCAGUUCUGCUGAAACUUUGAUCAAACCAUUCACAUAAAGUCAUUUUUUGGGUAAGAUUUCGCCCUAGUCUGGGUCAAAUAUAUAACUUACCUGCAAGUGUAAAAAAGUACAUAGAGAAAAAUACAGAGGGUCUGUUGAAAUUACCAAAAUGAUGUUUCAACCUGAAAAAUGAGUAAAGAGAGUUUAAAAUACUGCUUUGAGUGCACUCCUGUAUAGUGUCUACAUAUUGGAAACAAAUUACAGUACCAAAUCUAGAAAAAAUGCAUGGAUCAUCUACUGAGCACAUGAAAAUUCUGAUCCUGCCAACAGCUUCACCUUGAUUUCAAAUUGAGCCUGCACAUAGUUAAUUUUAACCAGAUCUAAGAACAGGUGGUAUCCUUCAGGAAAUUAAAAAGUAGGACUGUAAUAAUCUAAACCCAUGCUUAAACAUGGACAGUCUAGAGCUUAAAUUAAGUCUUUCCUAAGCAGACAUUAUUUCACAGAUUUUACUAGUGCAGGAGCCUGUUUAUGUAUCAAUAGUACUGACAUGCAGAACAGAUUUGGCUUUCUUCUGUUUCUUACUUUAUUAGAGCUUUGUUCACUAUGACAUGAACUGUUUCUGUGAAUUUGUUCUUUCAUCUUGUUUUCAGUUGUGCAGCCAUAGUUUCCCUCCACACAGUCAACAGCUUUGCAGUUUUAGUCCAAACUUCUGUUUGGUUGCUGUUCUUCAUUUAAGCUUAAAAUGUGUAAGAAAGCCUCUCAUGUAAUAGGAAAAGUUGCCAUAAAAAUGUAUAAAGGUUUUCUUGGCUACAUGUUUUCAAAUUUAAUAAAUGCAGUUUUCAGUUAUAAUUUGAAAUGGUCACUUUCUAGCCACUAUUUCAGUUUUCUGCGCAAGAGAAAUGGAGAGACAAAAAGAAAAUCACCUUCUUUUUCUUUAUUUUACUUCAGCAUUGUAAAAAUUUGCUGAAAGACAUGGUUUUGGGGAAAUCAGAUAAAAGAGAUUUGCUGCCUAGUUGCUAUAAAUAAUACAGCUGGACUUCAUGCUGAAAGCUCCUUCCAUAUCUCCAAAAGUGUACAGCUUGACAUCUGAAUUGUGUGACCUCGUACAAAGCCUAAUUCACAAACAGUGGUUUAAUUUGCCUAGUCAGUGUUUGCAGUGUGUCCCGUGGAUGAUUCAGGGUUCUGUGGUCUCAGAGGAGUGACCGAGUGGUCGAGCAGGCUUGUUCCCAGGGUCAGGUGGCUCAGGAGUGGGCAGUUAUCCACCAGAAACAAGGUGUUCGUUCGCUACCUCGCUGUUCUCUUGAGAACUUGCACAACUCUUCUUGCCGUUAGGUUCUGGGGAUCCCUCCACGAUUUUACAAUGCUGAGACAAGAGGCUGGAUUUUGCUAAGAGAAAAUUCUGGCAGUUUUAGCAUCAGUUUUCAUAGGGAAUCAGCACAAAACAUGGGGAUUUUGAAAGGUGAUGUGUUCUCAAUAGCCUAGGAAAUAGACUGUACAGUCUAGGAGUUUGGGCUAUUGCAGAGAUACUGAAAUCAUCAGUAAUUGCUUUUGAUGGGAAAAAGUAUUGUUGUGGAACAACUGCUUUGACCCCUGAGGAGUCAAAUUGUCAAUUGGAUGAACUGGAUAUUUUAGGCUUCACUUCUGUUGUUUUAAUCUUCAUGUUUUACCCUCUCUCACUUGGACUUCCCCAAUAAAUGUACUGUGCCAAAUCUUUGCACAAAAAUAAGAGCAUUUUGCCCAACAGGCAUGCAGGAAGUUGUUCAUACCUGUAACUAGAGCCCUGCUGCCGAGAGUUUACUUCUUUAAUAGAGAGGAAUUGAGUAUCACACCAGAUAAGGAGUGGCAGUGCAGCACCCUGAGAGCUCUCACUGCUCGAGAUGAGGACAGUUAGCAUCCCACAUACUCACAAAUCAGCCGAGAUGGUUCCUAACAAUGAUAGAAAAUAGCUUGAAAGAAAAGCUCAUUUUUGUCUUGCAGAUUGGAUAAAAAUAAAAUCCCAAAUACAGGAUAUAUUUAAUUGAGGUAGAAAUUUACUGAAGCUCUCUGUAACAGAGACACAGAGCACAUGCAGUGGUUUAGUGGGAAAGCAAAGUGGUGUUAUUAAAUUGUUGCCAAUAAACAUAACAUCCAAAAGCAGGUAUAAGCUAUUUUCAAUUUCAUUUUUCUUGUCUUUUUUAUUUUUUCUGAUUAUGUUGUAGUUUUGAUUUGAUUUUCAUUUACAUUAAUGGAUAAGGAAGAGAACACAAGUUCCCAAAGUAGGGCUGGAAUGAAUUAGGGCUAGAAUUAGAGAUAUGGAAGAGUGGUGUGAGUAAAGCUGGAGUUUUCUGUCAGUUAUAAAUCAAGUGAAUUUUUAUAUUACUAUUUUUCCAGGACAAAAAGCAUCCAUACAAUAAACUUUGGCUGUCAUGGCUGUUUGAGAAGCGUGAAUCCAAUUGCUGUGUGUGCUUGGACACCAGUUUUGAGGGGGGUUUUUUUGUUGUUUUUUGGCAAGUAUCCCCUUGGAGUGCAUCUGCUUUGUGCAUGUUUGUCUAAAACCACAAAAACAAACCACUUUUGUUUUUAUGGAUUGCUGUACACGCACCUGGUUCUGGUGGAAAGAGCAGGAAGUUUUGUUAGCUGGUGGGUUAGCAUAUUUAUGUGAAUUACUUACAGCAUUGGUAAACUACUGUCAACUUUGUUCACAUUGCACAAGAUACUCUGUGUUGUCUAUUGCUGGUGUUACAACCUCGGUGAUCCAUACAUAUCCUGUAAAUUCCUGUAGGUUUUGUGUAAGAAAUCUUGCCACCACUGCUUGCUACUGUAAAUUCUUGUUUUGAAGCAAGACGUGGCCUUUGACUGUACAGCCAUGUGUAUUAUAUACUGCAAAAGUCCUUGUUCUGUCCUCUGAACUCGCUGUCCACAUAGAGUUGAAGCUCUGUUAAGCACGCUUAGUGGUUUCAGAAUUUAUUUCAAACAGCAGAUCUAUAAGCCAUUUACAGAAAUAUUAAAUGUAAUGUAAGAGAAUUCAACCCAGUUCAUAUCCUUUUCUGAGAGCUUGGGGUUGGAUUGGAGCAGGCAGCUGCAGGUUUUGGGGCACACCUGAGAGGUGUCACAGCUGUGCAGUGUCCCCUGGCAAAGGGGUGCCCCAGGCACAGCACCUGGGCAGGCUGCUGCCUUACAAAGAUGUGUGAGCUGCUGUGUUUUUUAUUCCCCACAAACUGCAGCAGUGCCAAGACAGAAGCCCAUCUGUAGGGGCACACAAGAGGCACAGCACUGCCCCUGCAUUGUGUCCUCAUCCCCACCCACCGUAGGCUUUACCUGAGGUGGUGUUUUAAGGAGAUUUGACCUCUCUGUCUGGUUACUGAGAGAGAAAAAUAACCUGAAUUCUGGGACUCUGCAUUCUAUUAUGAUAUACAACAAAGACCUGAAAAUGUCUGUGUAUUCUUUGCUGGUUUCUGACAUCAGAAUUUCAAGUCCUGUCUAGUCUGAAAGGCAAUGAUGGGAAAAGCGAAGAAGCUUGGAAAGUUGAAGGGGAUUCUUACUUGGAUUACUUUAAAUUCUGUGUUUCUAUUGAUAGUUUAAUUAAAUGAGUAGGCUAAUCUUUAGAAUCAAGGCAGUCUUAAUGACUUUGCACCUUCACCCUUUCAUGAAAGACUUUGAGAACUUGCAGUAAGUGUUCCUCAUGCUUACAGUCCGAUUUGUAGAUAAAUUCCCUGUAUUUCUAAGAUCAAAAAAUAUUUCUACAGUUACUUCAGCCCUUUACAGAGAACAACAGGGCAAUCCCUGUCCCAUAAUCCCAAGUAUUUGUAGGUGUAUUUUAGACAAAGAACGACUUUCAACAUCAUAAAUGAAACUAAUGUUCCAGUCUCUGGAAGUAAAGGAAACCUCAGUAAUUUUACAAACCAGCAAGAAUGAAACUUGUCUAUAUAAAUACUAAUGUAGAAAGUGCAUGCAAAACUUGAUACUGCCUCUGACCUUAAUCGUUACUAUUGAUACUAUUGGGGAUCUCACAAAUGUGUGUUUCAGAACGCUGUAUUUCUCCUCAGUGUGUGCUUCAUCCUCAUUACCGACAGCUCCUGCCAGGAGCCAGCCCAUGCCCUAGCCAAGGCGUGGGGAUGCAGAACUCCCACAGCACCAUGGAUACGUGGGCAUGUGUGCGUGUUGUGUUAGGAUGAGUAACCACUCCAGCUGCAAACCCCUCCAGACCUUGUGUGUAACUCUGCAGGGCAGCCUCUGGGCUGUCUGGGAGGGCUGCAGUCCCAGGCAGCUCCGGGUCUUGCUUUGGGGGAUCGUCAUGAACUCAAGCCUCACUGUCCAGUGUGUGAUGAGCUCCUUGCCAGACUGUGAGCUGCAAAGGCACGGGUGCUGUGGGUCACUGACCCAAAGCGUGUCUGGCUGGGAGCCUCAGACAGGCCUGUGACAGACUGGAUUGUCAUGGUGAUACUGUGCCACCACAUCAGACUUGUUUCCGCUCCAUGCUGUGGCCUGAUUCAUCCUGCCCUAAUUUCAGCUGGCUUAAAGUUACAGCCUGGGUCUCCUGUGUAAGUCAGAGGAGGGACAUGAGUGGAGAUGCCUCUGGGAGAUUGUAUUAUGGCAUCAUUUGCCCUCACCACUGAUGAACGGCUGGAAUUAGGUGGGAUGAAUCCAAGUGUGUACAAUUGGCUUCUCACACCUCUACACAAACUUGUAUUUGUUUGAGCUUGGAAUGGGCAAGAAUAAUGCAGCUCCUUUGAAUCUGAAUCCGAGUGUCUUACAGAUGACUUUCUGAAUUCAAUCUCAAGCAUAAGAUUUCUGCCCUGUAGUGCUAUUUUCUUUAUUUUUACUUCAAUUUUAAUGAACAGCUGUAGCUUGAACUUGCAACUUGCUGGAACAUUUCUAGAGUGAUUACCCCUGCCUAGGAAACCUCACCUUUAUUUCUUGGAGUGGGCUUUCUUGUUACCUGCGCCAAUUUUCUUUGGAAGCAACGCAGGGUAAAACCAUUGCAUAGAUCAAUCAACACCAGCAAUAGCAUAUGCAGCUUUUAAAUUCACCUGUGAGCUUGUAACUCACAGGUAUUAAUGUUCAUACUUUCCAGGUGUGGCUAAAGACUCCUUUCCUGAGAGCUUUAAGGAAUAAAUCUAGGUGGUCCUGGUUGAGGAUUGUGAGAAUACAUGUAGUAAUGGCAGUUUAUGAUAGGUUUUUGGAGGGAAAUGUGCGAUAAACGUGUUGGGAUUUGGUGUGCUGGUUUGGAGAUGAGGGAAUACUCAUGUGAGAUAGAGCAGAUCUGCAGGCAGUGUUACUGUGGGUUAGCAGAGCCUGCUUCCAGCAGGUUCCUCCUCUCGUUCCCCUCAAUCCCUUCUCCAUUACCUGCGGUACGAAAUCCUGACAGCAGUUGUGCCAGUUGUUGUGGCGAUCUGAGGAACUGCUCCAGAUUAAAACUCAAAUGUUGUAGCUGCACCUUCCACCUUCAUCGGGCAUCCACGUUCUCAGAGCUGGGCUGGGACAGCAGUUGCCUCCACAGCUGCCCUGUAAUUUCAUCACACAAAAGUGGGUGUCACUUUUUAUGAGUUUAACAGGAGCAGUAUUGAUCCAUUCACUUUAUUUCCUAAGUUGUGAGUCAUUUGCUGUUGGAAAUGAUACAGAUCUUGUGCAGCUGCGAAUAGAAAAAUGGAGAUUUGUUUCUUAUGAUGAGCUGGUACAAUUCCUGCUCUGCUGUUCAAUAUUUUUGAGUGCUGAAGUUACCAAAAUGCUACUUUCAUGGGUUAUCUCAGCCUCAGCUCUGCAUGAAAAUGGGUAUGAAAUUCCAGUUGCUGUUCCUGGUUUCUCUGUGAAUUCUGAGCCAAAGGUAAAGCAGUGGGAAGGAUUGUUGUGGCAGCCACUCACUGACACAUUUUCAGAUGCACAAAGCCAUUUUGUCUGUCAUCUGACAGUGCUCCAGUUUUCUCACUGGGUCACCAUUUUGUUGUCAGCCAGUGGAGUAAAGGUGGAUGAGCUCACCACCUGGGAAGAGUAGAAAUGUAGCAAGUAAUGAGCUAUGUUCUCCAACAGUCCUUUAUUUGUAGAGCUUCACUUUCAAUUAACAUUUGUACCUUCAGUUGUUAUUGUACCAUUCACUAUCUUGAGGUGGUAUGAGCAGAAAUUUAUGAAUAUAUAUAAUUUACCAGAAAUAUAGGCUUGUAUUGUGCCUUUGUAAUUCUCUUCAGCUUCAGUAUGUAUAUGCUACGAGCAGAUGAACUUCCUCCCUGUUUUGGGGUGUUCUUUACUGCAACAGUAGCUGAUGGCUUCAUUAAUAUUGGCUCUUUUAGUCUUCUGGGGCUAACACUUCUGUUUUUCUGAGUGAAAAUGCCAUAGUGCCCUCAGCAGACAUAAGCACAAUGACACAACACUGCAGUGCAUGCUGUCUCUUAGCUUCUCUCUACACGUGCUUGCAUGUUGGAAGAUCUGAAGAGCUGCUGUAUAAAUUGCUACAUUAUAUACCCAAUACAGGUGGUUUUCCGCAUCCCUUUUUUGCUCAAAACUCCCAUUAAUUCACAAGUUAGUGAUGGCUCAAAGGGGGGUUUUGGAAGCACAAAGGAUGCAGGAAGCAACUCUUCAGUAGUUUACAGGCUGCUAUAAAUGUCUUUUCAGCAACGAAAUGUAGCAUUUUAGCAGUAACUUCCUAGUGAAAACACUGAGCGUGCUUAUCACUUAAGAUUUUAAGAAAAAAGUGUCAGACUGUGUAAUUGUAUCUCAUAUAAUUUUGACACUUAACCAGUUUUAUCUACGUGUUCAUGCUAUACCAACCAACACAGACCUGAAAGGUGACAGCCAUGUUUUUGUUACACAAGAAGUCACAGUUUUCCAGAGGUUCUGUUUUGAAUUUUUGUUUCUUUACCACAUUUUCACUGCAGAGGUAUUUUUCUAUAUAGUUACCUGAGGCUUCCUUUCACCAACCAAAAGAGUCUGUAGCCCUCUGCACUGUGAAAGGCAAAGCUCUGUGGAGAGACACAGGCUUCGCACUUGCCCAGCAAAUUAGCAGAAAUUUCACCCAAGCCAUAAAAGCCUCUUAUGUUAAUCUCUGUUUAUGUAAUUAAAGCAAUUAGGGAUAGGAGCUUCAGGAAUAAUGAGGUCUCUCUAUCCUCCAUUUACUCUCUCUGUGCUUCAUAGGGAUUUAAGGGUUCUUUUUUCAAGGCUCAGCUGUGUCUCUUCAAACCAGUGCAGUCUAAGCAUCGUGUGAGUUGCAGUUUAUGGAGAUAGCAUUGGAGCGUGAAAGAUUUACUCCUGGUAGCAAGGAAAAACUCGUGUCCCUGUGGACAUGGACACUUGCAAACAAGUCUGAUACCGAGAAUUAAAAACAAAUGCGUUCAAGAUGGUACCAGUACAUCAGACUCUGUUCUACAGUGGGGUUUUUAGCUUUUGUCAUUUGUAUUUUAUUUUGUGAAAAAAGGAGUUGGGGGGAUCUCAGAUCACAUGGGGAAUAUUAGAAGUAUAUCACUCAACAAUCAUUUUAUAAAGUCUAACUUCAAAAUGCACUAUGAUUUAUUACAAAAGUAUAUUUUCUUCUGUUUUUCGACAUGGUGGUUCCAUUUUGUGAUAAGUUAAACUCAGCAGUUAAUUUGUUGCACUGCCUGGCUGCAUGAAUUCAUCCAGUGUACAUAUGUACCUGUGCAGCAUUACUUUUGGGGUUUGUAUUUGAAUUUGCAGUAUUGAUUAUUAUUUUUGUAUUUUACUUUGCCUCUGUUAUUGGAAUUGUAGUAAACAUAAUUUAUACAUAUGAUUUUACAACUGUUUUGCAACUGAAAAGUCUCCUUUAAAUUGUAAAGUUUUAUUGAUGGAUACUCAUUAAAAUGGUAUAAGAAUUAUAUUAACAAUUGUUUUGUGUUUUGAUGCUCUCUGUAUAUAAAUAUAUGUCUAUUUAUCUGUUUAAUGGUGCUUGUGUCUUGCAAUUUUGGAUACAUUUUAGAAUAAAGUUUCAUUUUACAA